UUCCAAAUUCACUCUCCUCUCGCAUCCCGGUUCCCAAUUCUCCAUCUUCAAUCCCUAACCCUUAACCUCCUUCUCCCCCAAUCCCCUCUUCAUUUCCGCGCUCUCCCUCACCUACUGUAACACUGAUUUGUUAUUAACCGAGAUGAUAGAGUGAAGGACACGUACAUUUGUGCGGGAAGAGCCAGGAUUGGAUCUCGGUUUUUAUCAAAAGGCGCGUGAUUUCCCACUCCAACGGUUUUGAUUCCUAAACGUGAAAAUUAAGCAUUGUAGUCGCGCCCAAUAUCUGCCUGAUUUUGGCCAAAUCAAUCCAGUAGACGAAUGACGUGUACCUUGCCGCAAAGUUGAACGAGUUUCUGAACUCUUUAUCGGGUAUUAGAGACAUAAUCAAAUUCAAAUUACAACGGCGGUGAAAAGAAGAAAAAUUUUAUUUUUUCUGCAUAAAAAAUAAAAUAGAGGAGAGGAGCGGAAGAAACCCUAACAAUGCGAUUAGGGUUCGGUAUUGGGAUUAAAAUUGAAUUCAAGAGAAGCGGUUUUUGAAAAUUCGAUCAUUGGAAAUUGGAAAACCCAUAUCAAUGGGAGGCGAAGACGCUGAGAGUGAUAAGAGUAGGUCAUCUCAAAACAGAGCUUAUAAAGGGAAAGGAGAAGACCCCAAACUUUGGGGAAUUCUCCUCUUUGGUUUAAUUGGCGCCACUGCCACCACUGUCGCUGUAAGUCAGCUGAGGAGGUCUGUUGAUUGGAUAUUUUCUCAGUUAGCCAGGUCGCAAUCAUCUCAGAGAGGAGGUUCUUUUCGAACAUCCUUUCAGGAGGAAGCAAGGAGAAGGUAUAAUCGUCGAAUGCAAGAAGAGUAUGAGGAAGAAAUGGAGAGAGUGGAGCGAAUAAAGCGCAUGCAAAGUGUGUUUAACAGGGAGCGAAAUAGGUACAAAAGGAGCUAUGAGAACUGGAGUGAGUAUGGUCAUGGUCCUUAUCAUCAGCACUCCCAGCGAGAUGACUGGUAUUGGAAGGCUGAAGCACAAUAUAGAGAUGACUGGCAUCGGAAGGCUGAAGGACAAUAUGGAGAUCAAGGAACGAAUUUCAGGCAAUCCCAGAGAGAGAGUAGGAUAUAUCAGUUAUCACAUCACUACUCAGUUUUAGGUCUCGACAGAUGCAGAACUCAACCAUAUACAGAAGAUGAAAUUAAGGCCGCAUUCAGGGCCAAAGCAAAACAAUUCCACCCAGAUCAGAACCAGGACAAUAAAGAAGCUGCGGAGGUAAAAUUCAAAGAGGUAAUGACAUCAUACGAGGCCAUAAAGCAAGAAAGGAAGAACAUGAUGAGCGUAUGAAAAA